GGCGUGCGCCACCAUGCCCAGCCCCAAGGGAUAAUUUUUUAUCUUGCUUUUUGAAUGAACUUAAUUUCAGUUUUCAAAUAAACUGUUUUAGAGUUUUGGACAUUGUGGUUAGCCAUCAGUACACAGUGCAAUCACCUUUAAAACUGAGUUUAAUAGGACAAAGUGUGAGAAGCAUCUAGUAGGUAUUUGACUCUGAUUAGAUUUUAAGUGUUUCCUUACUAACAAUACUGAAAUAUUGAUUCCUUUAGAAUUAAUAUUCCUCAUUCUGCAGUUUGUUGAGAGCUUUUUGAAUGCUGACUGUGUUCUGGGUACUAUGGUAGAUACUAUAGUAGAUGGAAAUCACACCACUCCCCUGCUGCCAAGCACUGCAUUUGACCUAUUGGUCCCUUCUGAGAAGCAGUAGCAGAGGGCAAAGUGGUGAAGUGACGGCCCUGGGUGGAUUGGAGUGCAGUCAGCACUGGCCUGAUGGAGUGGCCAACAGUGCAGUGAGCCAAGGCACACUGACCUGUCAUCCUGCCACAGCAGGACCAGACCCAAUGCAAACACCUGGUCCAUGCAGAGCUGCACUUCCAGAUCCCCCAUCGAAUAUGUGUGACUCAUUGACAUCAGCCUCUGGUUUCCCGAGAAGUGGGGAGAAAAUCAUUCUUCAACAACUGAUGUUAAAGAUAGCAUUUGCCCAAAGCUUCCAAGUCUGUUAUAAAUAGUAUGCUACGGGACCCUUCUCAGAUUCCAGAUGGAGUUCUAGCAAAUCAGGUCUAUCAGUGCAUUGUGAACGACUGCUGUUAUGGACCACUGGUGGACUGCAUCAAACAUGCCAUUGGUCAUGAGCAUGAAGUACUGCUGAGAGAUUUGCUUCUGGAGAAAAACCUGUCCUUCCUAGAUGAAGAUCAGCUUCGUGCAAAGGGUUAUGACAAAACACCAGACUUUAUUUUACAGGUUCCAGUUGCUGUAGAAGGGCACAUAAUUCACUGGAUUGAAAGCAAAGCCUCAUUUGGUGAUGAAUGUAGCCACCACGCCUACCUGCAUGACCAGUUCUGGAGCUACUGGAAUAGAUUUGGGCCAGGCUUGGUCAUCUAUUGGUAUGGAUUUAUCCAGGAGUUGGACUGCAACCGGGAGAGGGGCAUCCUGCUCAAAGCCUGUUUCCCCACAGACAUUGUCACCUUAUGCCAUAGCACAGCUUGACCCUGAAGAUCCUGGAAGAGAAGCUUGGAGGAAGAGGUGAAUCCGGAAGCAAUUUUACUUUCCUGCAGCGUAAACUCCUGGCAACAUCUGCCCUGAACUUCAGCUGAACUCUCGCCGCCGCGGUCUCACCACUACCUCUCUAGACAAACAUAUCAGGAGUUUCUGUUUUCCUUCAUCCCUUGCUGAUGUGAACAGCCAAGAACUACAGACACAACCCACUCAUUAUCAGCAUUUCUGUCUCUGUCAAACAGUUAGUUUAUAGAUAGUCAUAAUCUUUCUUCCUUCCGGAUGGUUUCUCCUUGUGUACUGAACAAAAGAAAAAAUGUGGAGACUGAAAGGUGUGAUUUUUCAAUUCUCCUCCCAGUUCCCAGUUACCAAAUCAUCUCCUUUUUUUUUUUUCCCCCUAAGCUUCCAUUUAUCCCACACCCCCUUCUCUUCAUGUGUACUCACAGGUACCCAUCCUUGCAUUAACUGUCCUGGAAUAACCUAGCCAAACCUACAAAAGCUGAAGACAGAAAAGUCUGAAUCCAAGUUUAGCUGUCACCUGCAGGACUGCAGCCGACCUAGAUGGUAGCCUAUAUCACAUGCUUAUUCUGCUCAGGCUUUACAAUUUCCUGGCUUCUGUGGCUUUAUGCCAAGCUGCAAAAAUAUACUUGAUGAGAAUUUCCUCUUUGAUAAUGCUUAUUUGAACUCCAAACAUUUUACAUUUAUCUCAUUUAAAAGCAUUGGUUACAUUGUGUCUGGGAGUCACACAUCUUUGGCUUAGAGGCUGAGGGGAGAGGACUAAAAUUCUGGGCCAGCAUUGUCCAGAGUUUAUUUUUAAUCAUGGCUAGCUGUCAGUGCUAAUUUAGCCAGAAUUUUUAUGAGCAACAAUUUUUUAAAACACAUUCCUUACACUGCUUUGUGUCUGCCUUUUAUACCACAUAAUUUUAUGACACUCAAAUAAUUUAUACAUUAGAAAUGUUCAGCUUUAAAGGACCGAAGUAUACUAGAAAUAAACUUGGAGCAAUUUUUAAAUUAGCAAAAUAAAGGAUAUUUUGUAUUUGCUCACUUUAAUUUCACCUUUGUAUACUGCAGACCAGACCAGACACCAGACUUCAGUCUAAAACAAAAUGAAUUAAUUAAAAACUUAUCUUUUGGUAAAUUAAAAAUAUAUCAAAAAAUGUGUUUAGCAAAAUAUUUACCCUCAUGCUUAUAAAAUAUAGCUUUUAUAAUUCAAAUAGGUGAUUUUGGAAAUAUUAAUCAAAAUGUAACUCUUGCAAACAUCUUUAUGUUGUACACAUUACUUGGUUCUUCAAAAGACUAAGUUUGGCACUGCUCCUUAGUUCAUCUGUACCUAAGAAGGUUUGCAAAACUCUGCUCAUUGCUUUUCCUUUAAAAGUACACAAACACCUGGAAUCCAAACCAGACUUUGUAGUGAGACUGCUACAUGAAAUAUGAAAUCGCAAGAGAGGAGGAAGACAGAGAUAAAGAGGUGUCAAGCAAACUUGUAUUUCAGUGUAAAAUUUAUCAUGAAGAUUUUGUGAAUAAAUAGGAUGAUUUGAGAACACUACCAUAUUGCCUUGAUAUGCGCGUGUGCCGACACACAUGCGCACAAACAUUUUGAACAAAAAUGUUUAAACCUGUUAAAGGCAGGCUCAUGGCAUGCUUUACACUGCUAUUUCUCUUGAGGAAUAAAUUACAUUUAUCUGCACAGAUGUUGAAAAUCCUGUUAAACCCUUGUCAAGGAUUUGUUUGUUUUACAUUAAACAAAUUUAUGAUGAAUGUGCCCAAAUAAAUUAAAAAAUUAAAAAGGC